CCCGUCUACGAACUCAUUGAGUUGCGCGCCCUCUGUCGCAUCUACAACCAUGGCCGUCGAAAUGUUCACGUCUUUGCUAGUUGGUCUCUUCAUUCUAUCUUUAGCUUCAGCUGAAUCAUGCCUGAAACCACAGGUUGACAGCCAGGUAUACUCCACACAUGACGCAGCUGUGGUAGUGAGUACAGCAUUAGUGACAGAGUUUACGCUGAAGUGCAGUAAUGGUGCUAAGAAUCUUCCUCUCUAUGCCGAGAUUAAUGGUCGUACAACACCUGUGACCAAAAGUGAAGAUGGGACGAAAUAUCAGGUCAGCUGGGUAGGUGAACAUAAACUGGCACCAAGGAACGUUUAUCCGAUCAGGGUGUUUGAUUCUGAAGGCUACCAACAGCUUAAGAAAGCUCAACGCAACGAAGAAAACGUUGGCAACGUCAAACCACUUUUCACCAUCGAGCUAAAUCACCCGGGUCAGUACAGAGGGCCGUGGCUGCAGAGUGAGUUUGUGGCAGCAAUUGGAGCCAUUCUCGUCUGGUAUAUCGCCUACAGUGAAAAGGCGAAGAUCCAUGCAUAAGACUAUCGUCGUACUCAUCUGGUGGUUGCCGUUCCAUUUAAUCCAUUCACUUAAAAGGUCUUUGUAGCAAUUUAAUAAUAUUGGAUGUAUAAACCUUUUUUAAUUAUGAGCAAUAAAGUCUGAACGUUUUCAUAAAAAGUA